AUGGAUGGGCUGGCUCCCCCCGUCUUCACAACUCUGUUGUGCUUCGGCUAUGGCCGGAGUGACUUGCUCAACGGCAGGCAACCCGCGACGACGAUGCGUAACUGGAGGCUGGAGGCUGGAGGCUGGCGGCUGGAGCUGGGAUUGAGUGACAAGACAAGAGACGGAGAGCGAGGGACUUAUCCACCCCUCGGUGUCAUGAAGGAGGGGACCUUGUCUCCAGCUGCUAGCGCCAAAGUAGGUCGUCUCCAGCCCGCCGGCGCCUUGACCGCAGCUCCUGAGACGAUUGGUGAGGAUAGCCAAGAGAUCUACCAUCAACAGAAACGACCCCCAAAGAAACACUGUUAUCUUUAGAAUACGGGACAGCCUCAUAGUGGACAUGGCAGAACCAGAGAAACCCCACGAGAGGCGUCUAUCGAGACUCUCAAACACCAGGCCUGGACCUGAAGAAUGCAGCCAGCCGUAACAGAAAAUAAAUCAAUAUUCUAAAAGUAAAGAAAGAUUGGCGGGGUCGCAAAACACCGCUAGACCAGAAGGAAUUGACCAACCAGAGCCUGCCGAUACAAACAGCUUUCCUCCGGUUGACUAACGGUUUCUCGAGGUGACAACUCCAGGACGGGAUUAGUGACAUUACCAGCAUGACAAGUGCAUAAGGUACUGACUGUCUAU